AGAUACGUCUUUCGUGUACUUUCUUCCGCCUGUCGGCAGAGUCGCAGCACUUGUAGCCUGUGAAGCGGAGACAGAAAGCACCGAAAAACUGCAAUCAUGCCGAUGUUCGUGGUGAACACCAAUGUGGCCAAAAGCGACGUGCCGGCGGCUCUGCUGUCAGAGGCCACCGAGGAGCUGGCCAAAGCUAUGGGCAAACCUGUGCAGUACAUUGCUGUGCAAAUCAACGCUGACCAAAUGAUGACGUUUGGAGGAAAGGGAGAUCCCUGCGCACUCUGCUCUCUCCACAGCAUUGGCAAGAUCGACAGUUCUCACAACCGGCAAUACUCUAAACUCCUGUGUGGACUGCUCAACAAACACCUGGGCAUCUCUCCUGACAGGAUUUAUAUUAACUUUACAGACAUGGAAGCAGGCAAUGUGGCCUGGAACAACACUACCUUUGGCUGAGAUGGAGCUCAACACACUGAAAUACCAGAUCAUUCCAGUAGUUCCCUACAUGCACGAACAAAAAAUCAUCGAAAUGAAGACACAAAGUCGUGGUAAUUCACUGGCCAAUAUGCUGUAUGGCUUAAAAGCACUUAGAUAGACCUUUAAGCUUUGCACUGAUCCUUUCAAUUUCAAAUGCAAUAAAGCAGUCCCUGUCGA